AGGGGAGAGAAUUAUUCGCAUUUUGGCAUCCAAUUCCAAAACCAGCGGAGCACAAACAAAGCAGCAGCCGAGAAGGACGAAGAGGCCAUGGCCAACGGGCUCCCACACCCUCCCUGCGGCCUCCUCACCGCCGACGCCGCCCGUUCCCUCGUCGAUUCCGUCGACGCGUUCCUCUUCGACUGCGAUGGGGUGAUUUGGAAGGGCGACAAGCUCAUCGAAGGGGUUCCCGAGACGAUGGAGCUGCUGCGGAAAACUGGAAAGAAAUUAUUUUUUGUAACAAACAACUCUAGAAAGUCAAGAAGGCAAUAUUCAAAGAAAUUCAGAGCACUUGGACUUGAAGUUACUGAGGAAGAGAUUUUUACAUCAUCAUAUGCAGCAGCCAUGUUCUUGAAGUUAAAUAAUUUCCCUCCAGAAAAGAAGGUUUAUGUUGUCGGUGAGGAUGGAAUCUUGGAAGAGCUCAAGUUAGCUGGCUUUGAAUGUUUUGGUGGUCCGGAGGAUGGGAAGAAAAGCAUACUAUUGGAGGCGGACUUCUACUUUGAACAUGACAAAAGUGUUGGAGCUGUCGUUGUUGGACUUGAUCAGCACUUCAAUUAUUACAAAAUGCAGUAUGCAAGAACAUGUAUUAGUGAGAAUCCAGGCUGCCUUUUCAUCGCAACCAACCGUGAUCCAACUGGACAUAUGACAUCUGCCCAAGAAUGGCCAGGAGCUGGAACUAUGGUUGCUGCAGUAAGCUGCUCGGUGCAGAAAGAGCCCGUUGUUGUUGGAAAGCCUUCAAGCUUUUUGAUGGACUUCCUCUUGAAAAGCUUCAAUCUGGAAACAUCAAAGAUGUGCAUGGUUGGUGAUAGACUGGACACAGACAUACUAUUUGGCCAGAAUACUGGUUGCAAGACCCUCCUUGUUUUGUCUGGUUGCACCACCUUACCAGAACUGCAGGACGCUUCAAAUAACAUCCAUCCAGAUCUUUACACCAACAGCGUGUAUGAUCUUGUUGGGUUAUUGCAACAAUAAUCUUGGACUCGGCAUUGCAGUUGCGGAUUCUGAGUUUUGAAUAGCACUUGUCCAGAUUUUUCACGUGAACUACAUAUAUAUGAUCCAAUUGGGUUAUGGCAACAACAAUUCACUCUUUGGGUAGCUGUUUCGUAGCAACCCUGGCAUGUAUACUACUUAAAGUCAACUCAAGUCCCGCCAUUCAGAACCAGUUUGACAACUAAGUAUAUGUAUCAUGGCAUUUGCUAAAGCCUCAAAUUUAUCAAUGGAAUUAUUCUUGUGAAUGUUUGAAAA